AUGACUAACAUUAUUGAGGAAUCUAUGAUAAUUAAUCGUCUUACUUCUCCAUAAAAAUUAAAUAAUCCAAAUUAAUCCCCAUUACGUUUAACUCCAAUACAACCUAAUUCCUAUAAACACUCAAGUAGACAAAGCAGCAAAGUCAAUUUAUUAGAUAUUCACAAUCAUAAAAAUGUAGAUCAAUAAGAUUCAGACAAUGUAGCUAAUCCUAUGAGUAGUUAAGUUGAUUUAACAUAAGAUGAAGCCAAAGAGAAUGACAUAGAACUUGAUGUAAAGCAAGUCUUAACAGAAAUCAAUGAUCAACAAACUAAUUCAUAUUAAAAUCUAGAUGAAAUAUAACCUGAAAGUCAAGUCUAAUAACCUCAAUUAAUUAUAAUGUAAACUGCAAAUACUAUUCAGCAUUAAAUUCAAAAGCAUAAAUAAAUAAUCAUAAAAAAUACUCAAAUUGGUAACACAAUCUAAAAUCAACAUCAAUAGAAACCAUAAUAAAUAGUAGAAAAAGAAGAUAUAAUUCAAGAUAUAAAUAAAAUCAAGUCACUUGAUAAAUAGAUGAUUGAAAAUUUAAAAGAAAUUUAUACAUUUUACUCCAAAUAAGCAAUUACAACAAAUAAAUAUAAUACCUUUGAGAAGUUGUAAUAAUUGUCUAACAUUAUGAUAUUGUAAAAGUUUAUGUUCUUUUGUAGAGAUUUCUAAUUAAUUGAUUUAGAAAUUAAUAAUGAUCUGAUCUUAAAACUAGGUGGUAAAAUAGAUGAACUUACAAAUAAAAAGAAAAAUUAGUUUAAAUUCAAUCAUAAACAAAAUUUUAUAUUAACUAAAUUUAAUUUAGUGGAGAUAUACAAAAAAAAUGCCAAUUCUUAAAUGGAAUUGAAUAAAGAAAACUUUUAAAUAGUUAUCAUAAAAAUUGCUUAAUUAAUUUUUCCAGAAUAGAAUGAACUCUUAUAUGAAUAUUUGGGUUUAAACAAUCCCAAAUAAUAUAGAAAGAAAAUGCAAAUUAUAGGCAAACCAUUUAAUUCUAAAGAACAAAGUGAAGUACUUACAUAAGAAAAAAUUUAUGAAAGAAAAAUUUAUUUACCUCCUAAACCAAAUUUAAGAGUAGAAAGUGUAAAAAAAGAGAGACCAAUUAUAGAAUAAUAAUUUCCUAAGGUUAAUUUGACUUAAAGAUGUAGGAGGAAUUAAAAAUAAAAUGAAACUGGUAUCAAAGAUGCUAGUGGUAUUAAUUGGAGUGAUUUAGAUGAUUUAUAAUAACAUUUUGAUCCUAAAAAAUUCAUUUUAGAAUAAGAUUUAAGUGAUAAAGAAGAUGAUUAUUAUUUAUAAGAGUAUUCAAAACAUGGAUAUAGUUUAAAAAAGAAAAUAUAAGAUUAAAUGAUGAAUUAAAAAGAGUUAUAAAUUAAGAUUCCUCAAAUAUCUAUAUAUAGUAAUAUCUUAAGUUCCAAUCAUAAAUGUGAUAAUAAAGCUAGUAAUAUUAUGUUGACUUCUGGAAAUACUAGACCUUCAAAUAAUAAAUCAUUUGAUUUACAAGAUAAUUAAUAAAGAAAGUAAUCAGUUGGUUAGUCUCCUUAAAAUGUAGAGUAAAAUAGUUUGGAGAAAUAAAAUAAAAUUUAUAGGGCCUUUUUGAAUUAAUAAUCAUAUAGAGAAAGAAUGGUUAAUAAAAAGAAAUUAAUUUUGAUUUGA